AUGCCUGAAACCAACUCCAAGUACCAUGUCCGCCGAGCAAUUACUCGUAGAGGAUUAAAUGAAGCUCCAACCGUUGAUUUAAACUCUGGUAUCAACAUUGACUUACUAAUCAUUGGAUCAGUAGCAGUGUCUCGCAAUGGCUUGCGAAUUGGUAAGGGUCGUGGAUACACUGAUCUUGAGUUUGCCAUUGUGCAACAUGUCAAAGCCCUAAACCAGAAUACUCUUAUUGCCACGUUGGUGCAUGACUGCCAGGUGAAGGACGAUAUGCCCAGCGCUUUAUUUGGUGCUCAUGACGUGCCGGUUGACAUUAUAAUAACACCUACCGAGACAAUCAUGGUCUCGGGACGACCACCACGGCCAACUCACAUAAUGUGGAAUUUGAUCUCCGAAAGGCGUUUAAACACUGUAAAUGCCUUGAAAAAAAUCAAAGAAGAGGAAGAAGCCGCCGGAAAGAAGAUCGUGCUAAAAGAGUUAGAUACUGAUAAUGAAAGCGUGGAGAAAGUGAGAGUCCCUAAUAAAUUUCAACAGAGAAGGAGGUCCCGUAAGUCAGCAAAGAAUAGCGAAUCCGAGCCAAAUGAGGGCGAUGGUGAUGCGUCUGAGCAUAGACGAAAUGGCCGUAGAUUGAGACGACGACGUGUCCCUGAGAAGGAGGAGAACGACGUAUUGGACGUAUUGGACGUAUCUAAUGAGAAUGGCCAAUCCAGACGCAAUUAUUUGCGAAAGAGGCGCACGCGUAGAACAAAGCCGCAGAUCGAAUUUAGCGUCAAGGUGAGCAACAUCGCAAAGACGGAUAGAGUGCGUGACAUUAAGUCUGCUUUGGCAGAAAGGGGUGUCAAGCCUUUUGACAUCACCUGGAGGGGAGUGAAAGGUUUUUGCUACCUGCACUUCGCGAUGAAGCCUGCAGGUGUCAACUCCCUUGGAGUGGACGCCAUGAUUGAAUCCCUUUCUGGUAUGAAAAUUGGAGGUGGUGAAGAAGGAACCACCUCAUGUGAACCACAUGUUUUGACUGUUAAGCCUGCUAGGCCAAUCACUAGGAUUCAAACGACAGAUGUGACUGCCGUAUGA